CAGCCGGAUGAUCACAUGAUGAGAUGACGCAGCAGAGCAGCAGUUAGCCUCUUCCUGCUGUAGCAGACUCUCACAUCCAGACAGACAGACUACAGAGAGACUAACCGCCGAGUCAUCAACAUGCUGGCCCUCAUCAACAGACUGCUGGACUGGUUCAGGACUCUCUUCUGGAAGGAGGAGAUGGAGCUGACUCUGGUGGGACUCCAGUACUCCGGAAAGACAACCUUCGUUAACGUGAUAGCAUCGGGCCAGUUCAGUGAAGACAUGAUUCCCACAGUCGGUUUCAACAUGCGGAAGGUCACUAAAGGCAACGUGACUAUAAAGAUUUGGGACAUAGGAGGACAGCCUCGCUUCAGAAGCAUGUGGGAGCGCUACUGUAGAGGAGUCAACGCUAUUGUUUACAUGGUGGAUGCAGCAGACCGAGAGAAGAUAGAAGCUUCCAGAAAUGAACUGCACAACCUUUUAGAGAAACCACAGCUACAAGGAAUUCCCAUUCUAGUACUGGGCAACAAACGGGACCUGCCCAACGCACUCGAUGAGAAGCAGCUCAUUGAAAAAAUGAAUCUAUCUGCCAUUCAGGACCGAGAGAUCUGCUGCUACUCUGUCUCCUGCAAAGAGAAAGACAAUAUAGAUAUCACGCUGCAGUGGCUCAUUCAGCAUUCAAAGUCACGGAGAAGCUGAAACUGAAGCCCCCCCGUCCUUCUCCCCGAGUCGCAGCUCUGGCCUCAGCCCCCUAAUGGUCACGGGACCUCGACAGCCAUCCUUUUCCACUGCCUCUGUGAAGUAAUCCAGCUAUCUGCUCACUACCGUCGCCACCUGCACCACCCAGUACACUACCAUAGCCGUGUAGCCCCCUGUACAGCACUACCGCUACCCCGACUAUCUGGAGUCUUGAGAAGUUGUUUCAGUAGAGGGUGGAUUGUCCGUACCCAUCAUGCCUUAUCGCCGGUCAUUACGGCCACGCUUUGUGUCUCCGUUUUCUUUUAAGCUUCUGUUCCCUUUCGACACGAGAAUCUAAUGACGUUAACGGUGUGCUGUUCCUCCAGCUACACUACGAUGGACCUCCUCUAAUCCCACAUUUAAACUUCCGUUCUGUUGCUCGUCAACAUUUUGGUGUUUACGUGACAAAGUUGUGAUUGUAGUUUUUAACAGUUAUUUGCCAAAUGACGAUGGUAGCUUGUGCUAAUACCUUCAAUUCAUGAUAAAAAAUCUUGGCAAUGUAGCCUGCAUUUUAUUUGCUGGCGUAUAAGUAUCUAUUUUAUUAAGUGACUUAAGUCAAAGUUUACACGUAAAGAUGAGUAGAAGGUGAGACUGAGUGGUUGUUGUGUCUGAGGCGAAAUCCUAAGAUAGGUCAGCGGAGUUUUUAAGUGCCUUCGGCUCCAAUCAGACAGUUAAUUGCCCAACGCAGCUCCCAACCCGCUAUUAUAAAUAAACACUUGGUACAGACGCAGCAUAAAUCCCUUGAUUACACUUAACGCCACCCCUCGACAAUCUCAUUUUAUGUUCUGUAAUCUCAUAAAUUAUGAUGUCUGGGAGAAGACAGUACUGUACUAGCAAUGAAAAACGAGGAAUGAAGUAAUGAUGAAGCGAGGUAAAAUGAAAAAAUGUUACAUGUAGUUUGGUUGGUGGGUAAUUUUGAAUGCUGUUUCACCUUGUAGCCUGUGACACUUUGAUGUAGCUUGAAAUGUGGGCUUUUUUUCUUGCAGUUCUCAGGUUGUUAAAGGAUAUUUAAAAAACAAAAAUAAUGUCUGAACACAGUUUGGGUGUGCCCAAGUAUCUGUUUCAUAAUCCCUAUUUUGUUCGGGUUGGAUAACAGAAAGCCAGUAUUAGUCAUGAUGACGGAGAACAGUUCAUUAAUUCAAAGCGUUGGAUGCUUGAUGUCAUCCAUGCCUUGCCACACCCGGGUUUGAAUCCCAUAGGGAUGCACCGAUCCGACUGUUUCAGUCUCGAUACCGAUAGCGAUACCUGGGCUUUGGGUAUCGGCCGAUACCGAGUACCGAUCAAAUACCAGUGUUUAUUACACGGUGUUGUUGAAUACUCAAUUCUGAUUGGUCAAUCAGGGCGUUCUGCGGUCUGCUAUGUAUAACAGACUGUUGCUAUGUAUAACAGACUGUUGCUAUGUAUAACAGACUGUUGCUAUGGGCGCAGUUCUGAUGUCGGACUCUGGCGGACCGUUUUUUGUGUCAAGUUAUUGAUUUAUUAAGUAAGUAGCCGUGUAUUAAGAGGGAUAAUGUAAAGCUAGCUCACUGUACAUUAUUACUUAUUUAAUAAGCUGUAUGCCUCACUGUGUGGAAGAGACUGGGAUCAUUCUUUUAUGUGUAAGGCAACAGCAGGCUUGACUUAAACAUUGCUUUCCUAGCUUUGUAAAACCAAAUGUAACAAAUGAACACAGAUAACAUAACAUAAAGUUAGUGAAUUAUUAUUUAUUAUUUAAAUAAUGAAUCCUACACCAACAACUUGGCAGAAAAAAACGUUUAAAUAAAGAGGAAUUACAGCAUCAAAUUGGUUCAAACUUAAUCAGGAAUCAAAAUUCUGCUAUAUAAUGUUUAUAGUAUAUAAACAUAAAUUGAAUUUAAUAGAUCGGCCCCAUUGUCACCGAUACCCAAUCCAGCUAUUUGAGUCAGUAUCGGCCCGAUAUCCGAUCCGUUAUCGGUGCAUCCCUAGAUUCCUUUUUUUUAGAAGCCUUAGCAGCCCGAGGACGACGCGGUCUCCUCUAACAGCGACGUAUUGAUUGACAUGUUUCCUUUCAGCGACAAGACAAUGAUUUCUCGCAGGUUUGAUCACUGUAUAUUAAUCUGUCCUUUGCUUGGCCAGUGCAUCUUGAUUAAUUAAGUUUUUUUCUCUGUGUGUUGCCGGAUCGGGAUGAGUUAUCCCCUUCUGCUUCAAUGCCGUAUGUAAGCCCACAUGGCUUGUAAUGUUUUCUACAGAUCCAUCACACACACUCUGUUGUCUCCCACAUUGUUCUGAGUCUGUGGGUGAUCGUCGUAAAUCCUAAAUGUCGAUUGUUGGGACCACAGCAGCAGUGAGGGGCUGUAACAUUUGGGUGACUGUGUGGGUAAUUUGGGGAAAAGCUUUGUUACCUGUGUAAGAAUAAUAAUAAUAAUAAUAUAGCCUAUUUGCAAUUUGUAUGUGCAUGUGCUGAAUUUAUUCACAUCCAAUUGCAGACUUUGUAAAUAAGAUUUAGCAUUUUUAUUCCAACAAAUGCUCCUGUAGAUGUCAUGCAUUCUUUCCCUGUGAUUGCCUAUAAAUCUGUUUUUAUUUUUAAGGAU